AUGUGCAUAAUGUACCAGCUAGUGGAGCCGCUGACCGGCAAGACAUGGUCUCUCUCCGACUUUGACGGCCACCCGGCUCUCCUCGUCAUGUUCAUCUGCAACCAUUGCCCGUUCGUGGUUCAUAUCAAGUCGCAACUUGUUGCUCUUGGCAACGAGUACAUUUCCAAGCAUGGGCUAGCAGUGGUUGCAAUCUCGUCCAACUCGGUGCUCACCCACCCUCAGGACGGACCCGAUAAAAUGGCUGAGGAAGCCAAGCAGUUCAACUUCCCCUUUCCCUACCUCUAUGACGAGACGCAAGAGGUGGCCAAGGCCUACCAUGCUGCCUGCACGCCGGACUUCUUUCUCUUCAAGAAGGACGGCCGUUCUCCCCUCUCUCCUACCCUUACACCAGACUCAGGAGGUGGCCAAGACCUAUCACGCUGCCUGCACGCCAGACUUCUUUCUCUUCAAAAAGGACGGCCGCCGCCCCCUUUGAGCUCGCAUACCACGGCCAGCUCGACGACUCCCGCCCCAACAACGGCCCGCCCGGUCACGGCAAGGACCUGCGUGCUGCUCUCGACUGCGUGCUCUCUGCACGACCGGUCCCCAGUGCGCAAAGGCCCAGGUGAGCUUGCCCUUUACCCACUCAAAGCCUUGACUUUGGGGUCGUUCUCUGCUCACCAGCAAGGACCCCCAUCUGAGCUGGCAUACCACUGCCAGCUGGACGACUCCCGUCCCUCCAACGGCCCGCCAGGUCACCGGGAAGGACUUGCGUGCUGCCCUAGACUGCGUGCUGUCCGCUCGACCGGUCCCCAGCGGUCAGAAGCCCAGUAA